UAUAUUGACCUUGAAAUUGGGGAAAGAAACAGAGCAAGCCAUCGCAGGAAAGCAAAGAAGAGCAAGCACUCCAGAAAGCAGCCUGAAACUAAGUGCAAGGCAUCAUGAAGACUCUGACUCUCCUCUUCAUCUGCACUCUUCUGUCAGUGUGCUGGUCCAUGGGAGCUGUUGAGCCAGAGGUUGUCGUAGACGUUGCUGCAGACACAGCUGCUGAAGCUGCACCUGCUGACCCAGCUGCUGCCCCUGAUUCAUCUGCUUCAGACUCUUCGUCCUCCUCUGAGUCUGAUUCGUCCUCGGCCUCCGACUCCAACUCUUCCUCAGACUCUUCAGCGUCUGAUUCUGACUCUAACUCUUCCUCCUCAUCCUCCGAGUCUACUGAAUCUUCUUCCUCUGAGUCAUCUUCCUCUGAGUCCUCAGCAUCCGACUCUUCUGCCUCUGAUUCUUCCUCUUCUUCUUCAUCAUCCUCCUCAUCGUCAUCAGAGUCCGCCAGUGCUGAGGCAGCUCAGGUGGUCAUGAAGAGGGACCUGGCUGCUGUUCUCCUGAGGAGAAGAAGAGCUGUUGCAGCAGGAGACCUCAGCCCUCUGCAGAUGGAAAGCCUGAGAGAAGUGUGUGAGCUGAACAACGCCUGUGAUGAGAUGGCUGAAACGGAAGGCAUCGUCAAAGCAUACGUUGCCUACUACGGACCUGUCCCCUUCUAAGAUGAAAACUCCGCUUUCCUUCACAUGAGAGCUGUUUUCUUUGUCAUUUAUCAACAAUUCACCUAAUUCAGACAAGGUUCAGACAAAAAAAAAAUGUUUGGCACAUGUUAGAUGGAGAUUGCCAGAUGCCAGAUGGAGAUUUCUUUAAGGCACAAAAUCAUUGCACAAGUGACCAGCUUUAAUGGUCCUGUCCAUUUGAAAUGUAUGAAAUGAUUUCAGAGAGACACAAGCAUGUGGAGUAUGUAGUAGCCUACACAUGAUUAAAUUAUUCUUCACAUCUGUGGUACAAUGCAACGAAUGGUGCUACAAGUGCAUGUAUUGUAUGUUAAUAUGUUGAUGUUUUUAUGUUGUGCUUUAGUCUUAGUUUAACUAGAUAACUAGAUAGUAGUAGUUUUAGUAACUAGUGGAUAUAGUGAUGAGGUACUGCAGUGGUAUUGUAGUGUGUGUGUAACAUGCACAUCUGUUGUCUGUUAGGACUGUAACCACAAAUCGCCUCUAGGUUUUAAAAAUAAUAAAUUAUUUUGUUUUGUC